AAGAAGCCUAGAAAUAUGGGUCACCAUUCUUGCUGCAACCAACAGAAGGUUAAAAGAGGACUUUGGUCUCCUGAGGAAGAUGAAAAACUCAUCAGAUACAUUACAACUCAUGGAUACGGCUGCUGGAGUGAAGUUCCAGAAAAAGCUGGGCUUCAAAGGUGUGGGAAGAGUUGUCGUUUGAGAUGGAUUAAUUAUUUGAGACCUGAUAUUAGGAGAGGAAGGUUUACACCUGAGGAGGAAAAGUUAAUUAUAAGCCUUCACGGGGUCGUAGGCAACAGAUGGGCUCACAUUGCAAGCCACUUGCCAGGUAGAACGGACAAUGAAAUAAAGAACUAUUGGAACUCAUGGAUAAAAAAGAAAAUAAGAAAGACUUCACUGUCUUCAACCACUAUUGCACAAAGUAUCGAUCACAAUUCUUCCCAGUUCAGCUACAGUUCCAAUCUACUUGGCCAUUUUUCUACAAACCUGGAUAAUCCACAGACAAAACAACCACUUCAAGAAACCUUGUUUUCCUCGACGUGCCCUCUGUUCAUGUUUGACACACCUUCACUGGAAGGCCCAGCGACAGACUGCAACAGUGUGCGAGCUGAAAAUUUUCAAGAUGCGGUGGGGUUGAGCACUGAAACGUGGAACCUGAGCCACCAUCAGGUUCAGGCACUUCCUCCUCUAACAGUGACUGUGGGCUUGGACACCACAAAUUAUUUGCCACCAUUGAUAGAGAACGUGGACAACAUGGUCCCGAUUGAGGUACAACCUUGUCCCAUGGAGGAGCAAGGAGAUAUAGCACUAGAGUGCUUGCAGAGGCAAGGUUUAAAUGAAUGGGUGGAAACGCAGCAGCAAUGUCCUAACUUUCUCUUUUGGGACAGUGUUGAAGGACAUAUUGGUGGGGAAGAACUAGGCACAAAUUCGGCGAAUGUGGAAGCAAACACACUUUCUCCUUUUCCUUCUUCUUUGAAUUUAGGGUUUAUAGACAAGGAGGCAGCAAAGAUAACAGUGUGGACGCCCAGCUCUGUUUCUCAGCCUCCAAUUCUUCAUCAUCCACCUUCUCGCACAAUGAUUAUCCCGGAGAAGAACCGUAAGGAGAUCUGCAAGUACCUCUUCCAAGAGGGAGUUUGCUAUGCGAAGAAGGACUUCAAUUUGGCGAAGCACCCUGAGAUUGACGUGCCUAAUCUUCAGGUGAUUAAGCUGAUGCAGAGUUUCAAAUCUCGCGAGUACGUGAGGGAGACCUUUGCUUGGAUGCAUUACUACUGGUUCCUCACCAACGAUGGCAUAGAGUUUCUCAGAACUUAUCUUAACCUUCCUUCCGAAAUUGUCCCUGCCACUUUGAAGAAACAGGCCAAACCACCUGGCAGGCCCUUUGGCGGCCCAUCCGGUGAUCGCCCUAGGGGUCCACCACGCUUUGACGGCGAGCGUAGAUUUGGUGGUGAUCGUGAUGGGUACCGUGGAGGUCCCCGAGGCGGUGGGGACUUUGGAGGAGACAAGGGAGGAGCUCCUGCUGAUUACAGACCCACUUUUGGGGGUCCUGGCGGAAGGCCCGGCUUUGGUCGUGGAUCUGGUGGUUUUGGAGCGCCAACCAGUUCCAAUGUUCCAUAAGGAUAAUGUUUUCUGUUUUAUUUUUUGUUUAAUUUUUUAGAGAAUGUGCCUGUAGUUGGAGUUAAUAGAUUACCCUCUCGUAUUGAUUGUUUUAUCAGCUUAAGAGUUUAUAUUCAAUUUUCGUUCAAUGAAGAUUUUGAAUUUGAGUUUAUACUAAUUGAGUGUUACAUC